AUGAUGACCAUGAACAGUAAGCAGCCUUUCUCCAUGCACCCCAUCCUCCAGGAACCCAAAUACUCCAGCCUGCACUCCAGCUCUGAGGCUAUGCGGAGAGUUUGCCUUCCAGCCCCUCAGGUAUGUAGAUCAAGCAUAAUUACAGCUUUAAGGCAUGUUUUUUUCUGUAUUUUUUGACAGACACUUGCUUAAUGUUUUUUUCAUGUCAUCAGAACAAUUGCAUAUCUCUGAACCUUUCUCUCUCUCUCCCCCUGUGCCUCUCUCUCCCCCACUUCUCCCUCAGUACCUCUCCCCCUUCUCCUGUCUUCAGAUCCACAUGUCUAUUCAAGCAGAGCUUCUGCCUUCAUAUUAAUUUUUAUGACCUGAGCUUUGAGGAGGAAUCUGUGUGCUUGAAAAUGUUUUUUAAUCCUGAGCUGACGGUAUUCCCCACUGACACCAAUGUUCACAUUCUUCCUUGCAGCUCCAGGGCAAUAUAUUUGGAGGCUUUGAUGAAAGUCUACUAGCCCGUGCAGAAGCUCUGGCGGCUGUAGACAUUGUAUCACACGGAAAGAAUCACCCGUUCAAGCCAGACAUUACCUACCAUAACAUGAGCAGUGUCCCAUGUACCUCUACCUCUUCCACAGUGCCCAUCUCCCACCCCUCCAGCCUGACAUCGCACCCUCACCACUCAGUCCACCAAUGCUUGGAAGGAGAUCUUCUGGACCACAUCUCGCCCUCCUUGACUGUAAGUGGCAUGGGGGCAUCUGACCAUACAGUGAUGUCCUCACAAAUCCACCCUCAUCACCUGGGGGCCAUGGGACACCUACACCAAGCCAUGAGCAUGGGCCACCCACACUCUGUGUCCACUCACAAUGGGAUGUCAUGCAUCAACGACGUGGAGUCAGAUCCGAGGGAGCUGGAGGCAUUUGCUGAGAGGUUUAAGCAGAGAAGGAUCAAACUUGGUGUGACCCAAGCUGAUGUUGGAGCAGCUUUGGCCAACUUGAAGAUCCCAGGUGUUGGAUCUCUAAGCCAGAGCACCAUCUGCAGGUUUGAGUCUUUGACCCUGUCCCAUAACAACAUGAUAGCCCUCAAACCAGUUCUUCAAGCCUGGUUGGAAGAGGCUGAAGCUGCCUACAGGGAGAAAAACACUAAACCCGAGCUCUUCAAUGGCAGUGAGAGGAAACGCAAACGCACUUCCAUAGCUGCUCCAGAGAAGAGGUCAUUGGAAGCCUACUUUUCCAUCCAGCCAAGACCUUCCUCAGAAAAAAUCGCAGCCAUUGCUGAAAAGCUGGACCUUAAAAAGAAUGUGGUUCGGGUCUGGUUUUGUAAUCAAAGACAAAAACAAAAAAGGAUGAAAUAUUCUGCUGUCCAUUGACUUGGAAGCUGUUAAAUAAUAAUAAUUAAAAAAAAAACAACAACAAAAAAAAAAAACAAACAUAAAACUUAUUAAGAGAUUUAAUUCGAAGAGCAGGGAUCUUUAUUGAAAACUUCAGAGGACUCAACUAGAUGAACACAAGAAGCCAUCUACUAACUUGUUUUGUUUUCUUCUUCUACACCUUCACCCUGGGAAGUCUAGGUGAAGGAGUCACCAUGUAAGAAAAUAACUCCUGGACAUGUUUUAAUAUUAAAAUGUAUGUUCCAAUCAAUACAUACUGUACUCCUCACUAGCAUCCCCACUUACGUUCACUUCUUCAAUACCACCUCUUCUCCACUGUAAAUUUUAAUAACUUGUGCUGGGUUAUUUAAAAACAAAAAAUACAUUGCAAUAACUAUUAAUGACACCCAUCAUAACACUUUGAUAAAAAGGAAAAUACUUGUAUGAAAAUUGAUGCGUUUUACUUAAGGUAAUUAAUUACAGUGUGUGCUCAACGCUCAGUUAUAUAGUCGAACCGUUGUGCAGUUGCAUCAGAUUUUUUAUUUUUUUUUAAUCGAACGGUAAGUUCUUUUGGAUUAAGAUCUAAUUUUCACAAACGUUAAUGUGGGUGCUCUUUUUAAUGAUAUUUUUUUUCCCUCUGUCUCUUAUUUCCCCCCC